CCUGCUGGUCAUAUGACCGGAAGCAGCUGCGAUCAUCGGUUUUCACGUCUCCCUGUACCUUUCCCAUGGGAACUGUGAGUUCACUAUGUGCCACGAACCCUCCCCAAUUAAUGGGAUCCUGCUAUCGGUGAGCUGAGGCGACCGUGAAGAACGCUCUGUGUGGAGAUUCGCGUACAGCAGCCUUUACCGUAUGAGCUGUUCCCCUAGCACGUCCAUCACACACACACACACCCACUCACUGCAAUAUGAGUCACCCGUCUCAGCGCAGGGACCUCACACCCCACAUUUCAAUUGCAACAUUCAGUCUGACCCCAGCCUACCUUCCAGCCAUGGGGGAUAUAAGUGCACCUUAUAUAUUGUAACCCCCCUGACAAUCACACCGACCUAAGCCCAGCUCUCACAUCCCCUGGAUCUUCUUUGCAGGCUGCACCUUCUAUUGCUUUGUCUGUAUUCCUGGAUCUGACCUACAGGACACCAUGGAAGGUGUCACUGUACUGUUGGCAGAGUUACGUCCUGGUAGGGAACAGCCAUAUGACUGGAAGUCUAGUUGCGAGACAUGGAGCGUUGCAUUUUCUCGAGACGGUGCUUGGUUUGCCUGGUCUCAAGGACAUGGCAUCGUCAAGCUUAUUCCAUGGCCACUGGAAGAGGACCAACUACGACCACAAGCCUUCAGACCAAAGAAUCAGUGCUACAAAGAGCUCAGAGGACAAGGCAGCUCAAAGGAAAAGACUUUAAACUGUGGUCAGAUAGUUUGGAGCUUGGCUUUUGGCUGUUCACCUGCGCCUGCGGGCUGGAGGUUGUGGCCACGCACUGUGAACCAAGAAGUGGGACCCCGUGAGACGUUGGUGCUUUUGGCAGCAGGUCUUAGUGAUGGUCAUGUCAAAGUCUGGAAUGUACAUACAGGCCGUCUUCUCUUCAGUCUCUCUGGUCACCAAGAUGUUGUGAGAGAUUUGAGCUUCUGCACUAAUGGCAGCCUGACACUGGUCACCGCAUCUCGGGACAAGACCCUACGUGUAUGGGAUUUGAAAAAAGAUGGUAAAGUGAUCCAGGUUCUUACUGGGCAUAACCAGUGGGUGUACUGCUGUUCCAUCUCCCCAGACUGCAGCAUGUUGUGUUCUGCUGCAGGAGAGACCUCGGUCCUGCUAUGGAGCAUGCGUUCUUACACUUUAAUUCGGAAGUUAGAGGGUCACCAAAACAGUGUAGUAUCGUGUGACUUCUCUCCGGAUUCUGCACUUCUAGUCACAGCCUCCUAUGACACUACAUUGAUUAUGUGGGACCCCUAUACUGGAGAGAAGCUGAGAGAGUUCCUGCAUGUUUCUCUACAACCUGAUCUGGAUUAUGGUACCACAGAGCCACAGCUUAGUUCUCUGAGAUCUGUCUGCUUUUCCCCAGAAGGGUUAUACUUGGCUAGCUUGGCAGAUGACAGGUUUCUGCGAAUAUGGUCUCUAGAAUUACCAGAUCCAGUGUCUGUUGCGCCAGUUACAAAUGGACUGUGCUGUGCCUUUUUCCCACAUGGGGGGAUCCUUGCUACAGGUAACAGAGAUGGUCAUGUACAGUUCUGGACAUCGCCUCGAGUCCUUUCCUCGCUCCGCCACUUAUGUCGCAAAACGCUCCGCUGCUUUCUCACCACUUAUCAGGUCCUUGCACUGCCCAUUCCUGGAAAAAUGAAGGAUUUUCUUACCUACAGGACUCAUUUUUAGCUCUUUGGUGUAGGAAUGAGUAUAGGAGCUGAAAAUUAGUUUACCCCGUUCUAUCACCAAGAGCUGAAGAAUACACUACUAAUAAACCUGAUUUGUCACUAGAAA